AUGAGUCCGCUCACUCUAGCAGCCUGGAAUGUUCGUUCCCUUUCAGACAAUCCGAGGAGCAACCGACCGGAACGGAGGACGGCGCUAGUGGCCCGGGAACUGGCGCGCUACAAAGUGGACAUCGCCGCACUCAGCGAGACCCGAUUCUCCGAACAAGGCCAACUGGAGGAGGUGGGUCCUGGCUACAACUUCUUCUGGAGUGGUCGACACAGGGCCGAACGACUAGACGCGGGUGUCGCCUUCGCAAUCCGGAACGACAUCGUGGGACGACUGCCCUGUCUGCCGCGGGUCAUCAAAGAUCGCCUGAUGAGCCUCCGUCUGACUCUCAGGAGUGGAGGAAAAAUCGCCAAAAUCAUCAGCGCCUACGCUCCGACGAUGAGCAGCCCCAACGCCGCCGCCGCCGCAAGACACAAAUUCUACGAGGAACUGCACGCCCUCUUGGCGACUGUGUCGAAGGCGGACAAGUUGAUUGUCCUUGGCGACUUCAACGCCCGCGUCGGCACAGACCAUACUGCCUGGAGAGGAGUGCUGGGUCACGACGGUCUCCGCGGCUCAAACGACAAUGGCCUACUGCUCCUCCGCACCUGCGCAGAACACCGCCUCAUCCUGACGAACACGUUCUUCUGUCUGCCGGAGCGAGAGAAGGCCACCUGGAGGCAUCCUCGGUCGCGCCAGUGGCACCUGCUGGACUAUGUCCUCGUUCGGAGGCGAGAUCAGCGGGGCGUGCUGGUGACAAAGGCGAUCGCGGGUGCUGAGGGGUGGACCGACCAUCGCCUCGUCAUCUCGAAGAUGCGUAUUCGCCUACAGCCUCGCAGGAGACCACAAGAUAAGCGAUCCCCAAGUAAGCUGAAUGUUGCCUUGCUUUCUUUGUCCGCUCAUCAUAUUCAGGUCAGCAAUGAGCUAACUCAACGGUUAGCCAACCUUCAAAUCGCUGUCGCCGACGACGCUGCCGCCACUGCCGAGAGCGCCUCCGUGGAGAACCGCUGGUGUCAACUGCGAGACACGGUCCAGUCGACGGCGCUCGCCGUCCUCGGUCGCGCUCCCCGCCAACACCAGGACUGGUUCGACGACAACGACGCUGCCAUCAGAAAUCUGCUUGCCGAUAAGAACCGCCUACUCAAAGCCUACGUAGAUCACCCCACUGAGGACAACAAAGCUGCCUUCUACCGCAGUCGCCGACAGCUUCAGCAACGACUGCGCGAGAUGCAGGACGCCUGGACUGCUCGUAAAGCUGAGGAGGUCCAAGGCUAUGCGGACCGCAACGAAUGGAAGAACUUCUUCUCCGCGAUCAAAGCUGUCUACGGUCCGCCGACGAAGGGCACUGCUCCUCUCCUCAGCGCCGACGGCAGCACUCUCCUGACUGAGAAGACGCAAAUCCUACAGCGAUGGGCCGAGCACUUCCGAGGCGUCCUCAACCGCCCUUCCGUCAUCUCCGACGCCGCCAUCGCCCGCUUGCCGCAAGUGGAGACCAACGCGGACCUCGACCUCCCGCCAUCUCUCUAG